AUGGCCGACGAGGUCACACUUGGUGAAGGCGACUUCACGAAAUCGCAGAAUUGGCCGCAGAUCUGUGACAUUCUCGACGCCCAAAACCAGGUCAUGGCCAAGCACAUGAUCGGGGAAGCUGCGAAGAACAAGGACUUCCGCGAGGAGGUGAUGAAGAUGUUCAAGAAGCAGCACAACCUCCUCUCCCAGGUCGCCACCGCCCUCGAUAUCGACGGAGCCGACAUCAACGCCUCCAAGCCGACCAAGCAGACUCCAGCAGCCGACAAGGACGAUGAAGUUGUCAAAGCCCUCAGCGAGGAAUUGCAGGAGGAGGUGAAGGUCCUCACAAUCGAUUACUCCGACAGCGGCAAUCGCAACAAGGUCAAGUCAAAGGAGACCAAGACUGUGAGAGAUGGAACGUUGGUCCAAGAUUGGGUCGCGCACAUCGAGAAGAAGAUGCAGAAUCGAUACCAUGCAGAGUGGCAGACUUUGACGGUGGCCCAGAAGAAGCGCUUCUUCUUCAAGAUGGUACUCAUGUUGAUCGCUGAGGAGAAGGAGGCGAAAGUCAGCGACAAAGCCAAGGAGACAGCAGAGGGCAGCAAGCGCAAAGUCACGCAGGCAUCGAUUGGUGGCAGCGUGCAGGGUCGCCGUGGCCGUGAUUCGAUGGAUCUGGACACGCCGACUACUGUUCGUGGUGGCAGCAUCGGGAGAGGCGGAGGCGGUACCAAGUCCUCCAAGUCACGCAACAACACACCCUCCAUCGGUAUUGAUACUCUCUUGCCGCGUCAACUGUCCGCCGACUUUCGCGAAGCCGUCAACACCCGGAUUGCCACCAAGGCUCAGGAGAGCGAGCUCAAGGUGAUGAAGCGCGAGCAGAAGAGCCAUGGCGAUGACCAGGACGCCGCGGAGGAGAAGGAGGACGAUGAGGAGGAAGAGGAGGAGGGCGAGGACGAGAGUCCGCCGUCGCUCAUCGAAUGUGGCGCAUCGGGACAACGUUGCGGCAAAUGA